GUACACUGCAGAUGUAUAUACAGACCUCAUAUCGGAAGCAAAGAAAGAUGAACGACUGGAACCUGAUCACUAUAUCGUACGAAACCCACCUUCCACCAUGACUACCUCCUCUUCCGCUAUCCAAAUUCCCGCACCUCCCAAUGUUGUCCUUCCGAUACCAAAACGGAAGGGGGACGAUCAGCUGAAGAAGUCGGUCUCCCAAAGACCAGCACCCUCCGCCAUCGUAUCAUUAUUUUCUGGGGCCGUCGCCGGUGGUGUUGAAGCAACAGCAACGUACCCUUUCGAAUUCGCAAAAACACGGGCUCAAUUACAAUCCAACAGCGCCACUCGAUCCUCGAAUCCAUUCGCAAUUAUUGUAAACACUGCCAAGAUUGAUGGCGUCAGAUCCAUAUACACAGGAUGUACAACCCUGAUUGUCGGUACAGCGUUCAAAGCAGGCGUCCGCUUCCUUUCCUUCGACUCGAUCCGAAAACAAUUAGCCGACGAAUCUGGAGCACUGUCCCCAAUGCGAGGUAUCCUAGCUGGUAUGUUGGCCGGUACAGUCGAAAGCGUGAUUGCCGUCACACCAACAGAGCGUGUCAAGACUGCCCUCAUCGACGAUGCCAAGAAGGGAACAAUGCAGUACAAGGGAGGAUUUCACGCUUGCAAAACAAUUAUCCAGACACAAGGACUUUCCGGGUUAUACCGUGGACUACUCUCGACGACAAUGAAGCAAUCAGCCACAUCAGCGGUGCGCAUGGGCUCAUACAAUGUCAUGAAGGACUUCUCCCGGCGGAAGAACCUCCCACAGAACAGCGCUACGACGUUUGGAAUGGGUGCUAUUGCGGGUGUCGUGACUGUGUAUGCGACACAGCCGUUUGAUACGAUCAAGACCCGGGCGCAGAGUGCACAAGGAGCAAACACGAGCGAGGCAUUCCGAAGCGUAUUGCAGAGCAAUGGGAUUCGCGGGUUCUGGAGCGGAAGCACAAUGCGUCUAGGAAGACUUAUAUUCAGCGGUGGUAUUGUCUUCACAGUCUAUGAGAAGGUGGCGGCUGCUAUGACCGACGCGUCGUUUUAA